AUGAAAGCAUUGAACGUGCUUCUCGGCCUUGCUUGCUCUGUGGCAGCGGCGCCUCCAGCUGUUCAAGCCGAAGUCCGGAGCGCAGCCUCUCAGGGCUACUGGUACGAAAAGAUCAAACACAAUGGUAUCAGUCCGUUCAUUCCCGGCGGCAAGAACUGGACCGUCUUCCGAAAUGUCAAGACCGACUUUGGCGCGAUUGGCGACGGUAAAGCCGAUGACACGAGCGCGAUUCAGGCCGCUCUGGACUUUGUGUCCGCAGACGGCAACCAAACUAGACGCGAUGGGGGUUUCGGUACCACGGGUGCCCCGGCAGUGGUCUAUCUUCCCAGCGGCACGUAUCGUCUCUCCAAGCCAAUACACUCUUACGUCCAGACAGUCGUCGUGGGAGACCCAACGAACAUGCCGAUCCUACAAGCAGCACCCGACUUCCCCGUGUCAGAAAAGUUCCUUUUCUACGGCUUCGACUCAAACUACGACUCGACCAUCAACUUUUACAUCGGCUUGAGAAACGUGGUCCUCGAUUCGACGCUCGUGCCGCCUUCACAGAACAUCACGCUGCUGGAUUGGGCAGUGAGCCAGAAUGUGCAGCUGAGCAACGUCGUUUUCAGCAUGGCAAAGGGAGGAACGGCGCACACCGGGUUGUCGAUGCCUGAGGGCGGUUCGCCCCUGAUGAUGAACGACCUGGUGUUCGAGGGCGGCUCGGUCGGAAUACGAAUGAACGAGCAGCAGUAUCACUUCAAGGGACUUACAUUUAAAAACAUGGACAUUGGUCUCAAAUUGGACAAGCUGUUCGAGGGCACCGGCCAAGGACUGCGAUUCGAAUCAUGCAAGGUCGGAAUCGAAACAACGAACAAUAACACGGGGUUCUUUGCCCUCAUUGACUCGAGCGCGUCUGAUGUCGGUAUUCUCUGGAACUCGGCUGGAUCGUCCACCGCGCAGGGUUCCAUGGUGCUGGAAAACGUGCGGGUGGACGGCUCCGUCAAAUCGACCGUUACCGCUGCGGGCAAAAUUAUUCUCACGGGCUCUGUCAAGCCCGGACAAUCUUGGAUCUGGGGCAACGUGUACGGCCCUGUCGAUGGAAAGCGCGCAGAAGGCAAGUUUUACGCGUCAUCUCGCGCGGCGUCGCUCGUUGAUGCGUCUGGAGCGUACCAUACCAUCAAGGGACCUACCUUUGAGGAGUACGGCGUGUCCAAGGUGGUCAAUGUGAAGAGUGUCUGUGGAUGGAAGGUUGCUGGUGACGGCGUCACCGACGACACGAAGAGCUUGCAGCACAUCAUUAAUGCUGCUGCUGGCAAGAAGGUUCUGUUCUUUCCCCACGGCACGUACCUUGUCAGCGAUACUCUUCUGAUUCCACCCGGAACAAGGAUCCACGGUGAAGCAUGGUCGGAAAUCAGUGCCACUGGUGACAAAUUUAAAGACGCCAAUCAUCUCAAGCCGCUCGUGCAGGUCGGCCUCCCCAGGAGCACUGGCGUUGCCCAAUUCGUCGACAUGCUGUUCACGGUUGCCGACAUCCUCCCAGGCUGUAAGUUGGUGGAGGUCAACAUGGCAGGCGGGCGCCCAGGCGACGUGGGCUUCUGGAAUACGCACUUUCGCAUUGGCGGCGCCCGAGGGUCCAAGGUCCAGACUCAAUGCAGCGACCCGGCAACAUGCCGCGCAGCGCGAAUGUGUGCGCAUCUCACAGCCACGUCGUCCUCGUACUGGGAGAACAGCUGGUGUUGGAGCGCCGACCACGACCUGGACGACGACAACGCAGCGAACCCAUCUACUGCUGGCGGCUUCCUGGUUGAGUCUGUCAAGGGCACGUGGCUGCUCGGCAUCGGGACAGAGCACAACGUUUUGUACCAAAUGAAUAUUCAUAAAGCGCAGAAUGUCUUUCUGGGUUUCCAGCAGAGCGAAACGCCGUACUGGCAAGGCAACAACUCUGGGCUCCUGGCGCCGCGACCUUGGCAAGACUCACUGCUUGAAAGCGAUCCAGACUUUAGCUGGUGCGCUGAGGACGAUGCGCAGUGCCGGAUGGGCGUGUACCAGUACGUCACCAAGUCCAGGGACGUGAGCAUUUACGGUGGUGGGUACUGGACGUUCUUCAACGGCAUCAAUCGUGACGGCUGCAAGGGAGAGUGCCAGGAAAAUGGUGUCAUAUACGCGGACAACGAAAAGCUGUACAGCUUUGGCGUGAGCACGCAUAAUGUGAGAACCAUGGUCCUUGAGGGAGAAAAUGGCAAGUACAUGAGCGUGGUGAAGGACAAGGCCAACUCGGGCGGAUGGCAGUCGGGUGGCGGCGUCAUGGCGGCCUACCUCAGGCAGGCCAAGUUACAUGCCUAG